AUGGUAGUCACCUACAAGGAUUGGCAUGAGAUGUUGCCAUUUGCCCUUCAUGCGUACCGCACCGCAAUCCGAACUUCAACAGGAGCCACACCAUACACUUUGGUAUAUGGAAUGGAGGCGGUGAUGCCUUUAGAAGUGGAAACCCCCUCAUUAAGAGUAUUGGUAGACUUUGAGUUUAGAAGAGGUGGGAUGGAAGCUUCAGCACCUGUCAUCUUCGUCCGUCUCAGCGCCAGCUUUCAAGAAAAGGAAAGCAGAACAGAGAAGAAGGUAAAGAGAAGAGAAGAAAACAGGGAGAAGAAAGGAGAAAGAGGCAAGCAACACAGGAGAACGCCAGACGAACGCAGGCAACGGAGGACUGAAAAAAGGGCAUCGCCAGCAGACCAGCAUGAAACUGAGCUCCUUGAAGACAGCUUGGUUGUUCCUAGAUUCCCUCUCUCUUCCAAGUUCGCUUCAAGUGAAGAUGAAUUUGUUGAUUCAGAUGACCAUGCAAACAGCCGUCCGCGUAGCAGAUCUGCACUUCAAAAUCCACCUGUGACGGACUCCAAUCCGCUGGCAGCUCCAGCUGUAACCGUGAAGCAAGAGUUUAGACGGCGGCAUACACCACUUGGAUGGCUCAAUAAAAUGGACCCUCUUGAGCCAGUUCUUUUGUUCACAAAGCCUCUGGUUCCAGAAAAGUUGGCAGCUGCAGGCAUUGUACCACCAGCAGAUUCGUCAAUGAAGAACGAUACAUCAAUGCCACCAUAUAGAUUUCAUGGAAGAAUUGGCCGGGGUGGGCGUAUUGUAUUUGAUAGAUGGAACCCAAUUGAUCUUGGUAACUCUUUUUAUAUACCGCCAAGACCGAGGCCUUCAACAUGCAAUUGAAAUGUUUACUUGCUU